AUGCCACGCCAAUGGGAUCACCACGAUUCCAACGACCCUGUUGACGAUGUCGUUACCCGCUUUCGUCACCUAGGAGGCGAUCAUGGUCCCUCGGACCCGGCCUACUGGGAUUUCGACGACGAGAAAGACUGGGAUUCUGACGACAGCUUCUCGCAGGUCCCGCCCGAAAUCUACGAGAGCUUUGAGAAGACACAGGCAAAAUAUCCCCGCAAUUCUCAGGAUGAAGUCAGUCGCACCCCGGCAGGGCCAAUGAUCUCCCUGCACGACACGAGGUACUUCGUGCCUCAAUGGGACGAGCAGAUGCUCGGUCCAGCAUGGAGAAAAGAGCGUGGCGCAUGGGACUUUGACAACCCGCCCAAGCCUCUCCUGCCGGACGACCCCAAGAUGAAGGAUGCGUUCAGAUACUGCGAGGAGCACCCGAUGCACUACGCUUGGGCACCGGGACCCGACGACAUCGAUAUCUACCGUUGCGAUAUCGAGUCUGAAUCCUCUAUCGUUGUCCAUGUUCGAGGUGGCUGCGUUGAUGAUGGCCAGACAGUAGGCCCACUACACAACAGAGGCAGCACUGGCGUCUUCUCCGGAAAGGACUCGGAAUACAACUUUGCAUCCCCUCAAGGGGUCUUGAACAAGCCAUUGGAUGAGGAAAAGGCCGCGCUGGAUGCUGCGCUUCUGGCCCUCACUGUUGUAAGAUUCGACGUCUUGAAGGAUCGCCGGCAACUUCUGGACAAGACCGACAACGGCGGAGCCGGAGAGACAGCAAAGCAAGAGAUGAGCAAGACCUCGACCAAACCGACUCCAGCUCCCUCCAAAAACGCUUCUCCUGCCGAUGCUGACUCCGACAGCAGCUCAGAAGAUGAUGAAGAUGACAGUUUGGCGCUCCGCAUCAUCAUCGUCUCGGAUAACGCCGCAAUGGUCGACAACAUCUGCAAACACCAGGAUACUUGGGACUGGGAGCAAGAGGUCCCGCACACGGCCGACGGUCAGCCUGUCAAGUACGGUUCCUUAUACGAGCGGAUCGAGGAGAUGGCAGAUGGUCUUGAGGAAGAUCACGACGUGGUCGUCAAUUGGUACUGCGUCCCUGAGAAGUUCAACAAGCACGCUGCAGAUUUGGCCAACGAGGCUCUCAGGCGCAAUUUCAAGGAUGUGAAGCAAUCGUUUAUAAGUGCAGAGUGA